UAUAACGAAAUUACACACUUACACACUGCUCUUCAAUCUGCAUCAGCCCUUUGUGAUAUUAUAGUACGUUUCUCUGCUGCACCAUGAAUAGCUACCAAUGGCUUUAUGCUGGCUCGCUGACGAAAGAAAACCGUUAUUCGACAUUAGCUCAGCGUCUUAUGAAGACAUAUCCCAUGUAAGAUGGGUUGGAAAUGUAUUCUUUUUUUUACUUAAGGCGCCUCAUCUCCUGUCAAACUUUUAAGAUUAAUGACCUACUCUGGUAAACACGAAGAUUGCCAUAUUGCAAGUGUGUCUUCGGCAUCCACCUAAUGUUACAUAGUUACAUCACCAGAAUCGAAAAUCUGUUCACCAGUCUCUAUUGUUUGGCAUAAGGGGCCUCGACAACAUCCCACGCGACACAGCUAGGUGAGACACAUGGCAACCGAGCCCUUUUUAUUAUAAUUAUUACAUGCACCCCCUGCUAAUACAAAACAACAUGAUAUCCUACGAUAUAUGAACAUUUGCUCAAAAUAAUGCGUUCUUUAGCCACCAGGCCUCGGAUUUCCAUUGGAUGUUAUUGGUCAUGUGACCAGGAAUUGGCUGCAAUUUCGCCCAUAGUCUUCAGUUUAGUAGACCAAGGUCCCCAUACGCUAGUAAUAUCACCAAUAUACACAAUUAUUAAAGGCCGCAAAUACGCCAUUGCGGGGAGCUGAUAAUCACGCGUUUUUGUUAUUAUUUAGCUCUUUUUGUUUUUGCGGUCCGCUUGCUGACCAGGAGACGAUAUGAAUUUUGAAUUUGAGAGGGAGAUUGGGUUCAUAAACAGCCAGCCUUCCCUUGCAGAGUGCCUGACGUCUUUUCCCGCUGUCCUGGAGUCAUUUCAAACUUCAUCAAUCAAGGACUCGACAGUAAUUCCUCCUCCUUUCGAGCACACCAUCCCCAGCCUAAGCCCGUGCACAAGCAGCCAGGCGCGACCGAGGAGCCAAAAGAGAGCCUCCAAUGGCCUGCAGCUUCGGACGCCGCAGUCUCACCAGGGCCCUGCCCCGCCAGCUAGCGCUGCUGGCCCGCUGGCACACGAGUUCCCCUGGAUGAAAGAGAAGAAAUCCUCCAAGAAGUGCCCUAAAUCUGCGAAUGCCACCCUUGCCUCUUCCUCUUCCCCCUCUCCCGCAUCCUCCGGAUAUGCCACAGCAGGGCUGGAAUCCCCGACAGACACACAUGGCGGUCUGGACAACGGAAGCGGGUCCAGGAGGCUGAGGACUGCAUACACCAACACACAACUGCUCGAGCUGGAGAAGGAGUUCCACUUCAAUAAAUAUCUCUGUCGGCCACGACGGGUGGAAAUCGCUGCGCUUUUGGAUCUAACUGAGAGGCAGGUCAAAGUAUGGUUCCAAAACCGGCGAAUGAAGCACAAGCGGCAAACGACACACCACAGGGAGGGCCAAGAGGGUGACCCUGGAGGAUUUGAACCCCUGGAAGGGGCCGAUGCCUCUUCGCCUUACUCAAGCCAACCACUGGAAGCCUCUGGCUCGGCUGCGUCCGAGGGCGAGACGUGCAACUCUGCAGCCUCCACCUACACGAAUAGCAGUGACAAUAAUCACCCCACGCCCGAGGAUGACCAGCUGAGCCGCCAAGAGCCAGCAUCAGUCUCAGAUACAACCGUGCGGUCCCCCCCGUUCCCCCUAACGCCCACUACAGAUAACCCCACAACAAUGGGCGACGCCGGCGCAUCUGGCCCAGAUCAUUCGUUUUCGGAACAGCGGGAUGCCGUGUCCGCCUCUCUCUCCGAUUUAAAUUUCUUUUCGGCCGAUUCCUGCCUCCAGAUUUCUGACGCUCUAUCGCCCAGCCUGCAAAGCUCCCUCGACAGCCCUGUAGAUUUCUCGGAGGAGGACUUUGACUUGUUCACGAGCACACUUUGUACUAUAGAUUUACAACAUUUACAAUUUUAGGACGACAAAAAGAACUUUAAGCAAACAAUCGAAUUAAGGAGACUGCCCAUAGUGUUACAAUAGUGUGCAUCUCGGCAACAUUCCUGAAUGUUCCUUUUUUGAAGAUAGAAGUUAACCUGAGACGUACGGAUCGAAUUAUGUACUACUUGCUGGCAAUACAUUUUUGGUUUAUGCACUCGAAAUCCCAUACGGACUUCCCUUUGUCCAAAUUUCAGCUACUUAUUGGCACCAUGUUCUUGACAUCUCCACUACACACUUCCUGUCUGAUGUGCAGAGUGGAUCAGAAGAACCGAAAUGGCUCCCAGUGGGGGUCGGAUCAGGUUUAAGGAGAGGAAACUAGGAAUCAGAACCGGGUCACGGACCCUUGGAGUCACCAAUCACCAGGGGGGCCACAUGAAAAGCAGUUCAGGGGUUCAGCCAAGGCCAGUUUGAGUGUGUCUCAGGGAGUCUGCAAGACUGUGUCUGCAGUAGGCUGUGUGGAUGUGUGCAAGGACACAACAUUUACCAACCAGAGGCAGUCCGCCUCCACCUCAGUCCCCAAAGAGACAGCGACAACCGGUCGAUGCUGCAGACCCAGGGGUCCCUAUCUGGGGGACCAGAGAGGGGCCUGACCACUGGGUCUGCAUGGCAACCACUGACACACAUGAAUCAAUUCAACAUCCAAAUGACCACCACAAUGAAUGGGGUCAUUUUAGUUCACUGGUGUGUGUGUAUGUGAGUAUACAGAAACAUUUUGGAUAUCAGGUAAGUGUGAAACUCAGCCACAAGUCCUGACUUGCAAUUUUGGGAAGGACGAAUGCGCAGUACACCUUUUCUUUGGUUUAUUUCUACAAUCUUUACCGCAGUCUAUCUGAGACCAUAUCGCCAGACAACCAGAGGCGCAGGAGGGGACGAGGUGACUGUUUAGACAACAGAAGCCAUGCCCACAGGGCACUCCUGGCUUUGUCAAUUCUGAAGUGGGAAGUGAUGGUUGACGGAUGUAUGUGCUUGAUAAUUUAAGGUGUGGUGCCUGUGUCUUUGCUUAUCUAUCCAUAUUUGCUUUCCCUGGCCUCCCUCCAAGGCUAUGAGAAGCCGGUUAUCUGCCAUGUUUCCUUCCCAAUCGGUAACAAUCAGGACAUUUGUUUACUUCUUGUCAUGAGUCAUCUUUGUAAUGUUUUUCCAAAGUGUUUGUCUUGGACGGUGGCGAAGGAGGAUGGCAGAGCAGGAGAAGAGAGGCAUGGUGCCUGAAGAAGAAUUUCACAGCACAGAUUUUCCAGUAUGACGUUUGCACAGUUAUGUUUACUCAUACAGUAAGUGCAGGAUGGGAAAUGCUUUGCCGCUCUAGCCAAUCACAUUUGAAACUGAUGUUGCCUGUUUGCUGCAACUCUUCUGUUUGGCUGAGUCAGAUCACAUGACCUAAAAGGGAUGGGCCAGAAACCAGGAAGUCCCACAAACACAGACAAACGAUGUAUCGCAGAGUGUAAACACAGAGAGCAAUUUUUAAGGGUGUAUCUGUAAGUGACCUUUUUAAAAUAAAAUGUUACGUAACGUAAGUUUUUUUACAUUCUGUCUUAUUGUAGACAUGUUGUAUUCAGUGAAAUAAGGGGUGUCAUGUUGUACAGUUUGUAUGCUAAACAAAAUGGGGGGAAAACACAAACAUUCCUUGUUUUGCCAUCACAUAUUUAUUAAAUUGACAAAAAAAAAAUAUUUACACAAGGUAAAAUAUGGAGAUUAUAUUUUAAAAGGAGGAGUCGUUAUUAUUGGAGUCAAUAACAAAUUGAGAACGAAA